CCAGUUUUUUUGUCACCCUGAUUCCUUUUGGGCCCAAUUUUCUUUCACCACGAAGGGUCGUUCUCUCUUCCCCUUUCUUUUUCUCUUCUCUUCGCAGCCGCACCGCAUCGCGUCGCAUCGCUUAUUCGAUUGCGUUGCCUCUGUCGCGCUUUUCUCUUUUAAUAUCCAAUUUCAUAACCUUCAUCUCAUCGGUAAGCCUAUUCAAUCUCCCUAUCAAUCUUCAACGCCUCUUCAUAAAUUUCUAGGGUUUCGAUUCUAGUCCUCUUUUUUCCUUCUAACUUUAUUUCAACUCUUAGUUUUUCUAUUUUGUCUUGUCUCGUGAUCUCCAAUCGCCUUCAGAUCUCUCAUGAUUUCUUCUUUAGUUUUGAAAUUCCACGUAUUUGUUGUGUUUUGGGUUUAGGGUUCUAUAAAACAAAAAAAAAGAAAAAAAAAUACAAAGUCGUUCCGAAGGGGGAUUAGGGUUUUCCCUUGUGAUUCACUCAUUUAGGUAGCUAGAUAUAUAUGGCGGCUGGGAGGCAUGGCGGUUACCGCGAAAACGACUUCAGAGAGCGCGAAUCGAAACUCGAAGGUUCUAGACGCGGGUUUGCCAAUUCGAAAGAGGAUUACGAUCGUGUUAGGAAUGGUGGCGGUGAUGUUGUGAGGGGUGGGUCCAGGGACAGGGCUAGGGUGAGGCAGAGGGAUAUUAAGGAGAGGGACGGUGUUAAUGGUGGGUACCGAUCAUCUUCGAGUAGGAGUGACUCUGGAAGCAGUGGCCUUGGUCCUCGCCGAUGUGGUUUCUCUGUCAAAGCAAUGGAUAGAGAGCCUGGUGAGCUUUCCAGUGAGAGUGGUUCUGAUGAUGCAAUUGAAUCAGAAUCUGGGGCGAAGGACUCCGAGGUUUCCAUGUUGGAAGAAACAAGAACCCGAUCCCCACCAGUGCCGGAGAGGAAAAGAAAAUUCUCACCCAUAGUGUGGGAUCAGGAUGACAAAGAUGUCAGUGAGUCAUCCAGAGUUAGGGUUUCUGCCUCUACAGUGGUGACAGCAGCUCUUCCUCCUCCACCUCCAUUGCCAAAGGUAUUCCAUCAGUCACAGUCACCAAAUGCUCCAAAUGGUGUCGUAGAAAUACAUCCUGUCAAGAACAAGGAGACCAAGGAUCUCCAGUCGAAUGCAGCAUCUAAGGUUACCUUGCCCUCUCCUUCAGGUUUGCAUUCAUCACCACCGAAAGGGAGGUGGGGUAAUGAUCAGGAAGCUGAUCAUCUAGAAGGUGAUGUUUAUGUUCCAGCUCGCAAUAUAUCGUCUUCAAGAUGGGCAGCUGGAGAUAACUCUCCUGGUGAUGAGGGUGAGAUCCUCAAUGAUGAGGAGAUGCCCAAACGAAGGAGGAAGGUGUCUCCUGAGUUCUUGGAUGGCAGACUAAGGAACAAGUUAUUGAGCCCUGUGGAAUCCAAGAUUGAAGGUAUUGAAGGAGCUAGAGCCAGAUCAUCUGAAUCUGAAGAAAGAGGUGUCCGUGGGAGAACUUCCAGCAGUGAUGAUCAUCCUGGUAUGGAGUCAGAGAAGGAUGACUUCAUGGAGGUUGACCCUCAAGGUGGGAAAAGUGAAACCAGUGUCAGUCACUCGGAAACAGAAUAUGAAGAUGAAGACGAUGGUAGGGAGACUCCAGAACCUCCUUCUCCACCUCAAAGAACUGUCAACAUGCUUCAGGGUUGUAGAAGUGUUGAUGAGUUUGAGAGACUUAACAAGAUAGAUGAAGGAACAUAUGGUGUUGUAUAUAGGGCUAGGGAUAAAAAGACUGGAGAAAUUGUAGCAUUGAAGAAGGUCAAGAUGGAGAAGGAAAAGGAGGGCUUCCCACUGACUUCCCUUAGGGAAAUAAAUAUUCUUCUUUCUUUUCACCACCCAUCGAUAGUUGAUGUUAAAGAAGUAGUGGUAGGAAGUAGCCUUGAUAGUAUUUUCAUGGUCAUGGAAUAUAUGGAGCAUGACCUUAAAGGACUAAUGGAAGCAAUGAAGCAACCUUUCAGCCAGAGUGAAGUGAAGUGCUUGAUGAUCCAGCUUUUAGAAGGUGUGAAGUAUCUUCAUGACAACUGGGUGCUUCAUAGGGAUUUAAAGACUUCAAAUCUGCUUUUAAAUAAUAGGGGUGAGCUCAAAAUUUGUGAUUUUGGCUUGGCCCGUCAGUAUGGGAGUCCUUUAAAGCCAUAUACUCACCUGGUGGUUACUCUUUGGUACAGGGCACCUGAACUCCUUCUGGGGUCAAAACAGUAUUCAACAGCCAUAGACAUGUGGUCACUAGGCUGUAUAAUGGCUGAGCUAUUAUCUAAGGAACCACUGUUUAAUGGGAGAACGGAGUUUGACCAACUUGACAAGAUUUUUCGGAUUCUAGGCACCCCUAAUGAAGCAAUUUGGCCUGGUUUCUCGAAAUUACCUGGAGUCAAGGUCAAUUUUGUCAAACACCAGCUUCCAGCUUUGGGUGGUUCUGGUACAACCUCCUGCGGAAAAAGUUUCCUGCCACAUCAUUCACUGGAUCUCCUGUUCUUUCUGAUUCAGGAUUUGAUUUGUUGAACAAACUUCUAACAUAUGACCCUGAAAAGCGGAUCACUGCUGAAGCUGCUCUAAAUCAUGAGUGGUUCCGUGAGGUCCCUCUUCCCAAAAGUAAAGAAUUCAUGCCUACAUUUCCUGCUCAACACGCUCAGGACAGGCGUGUGCGGAGAAUAUACAAGAGUCCAGAUCCUUUGGAGGAACAGCGGCGGAAGGAGCUGCAGCAGGGGGAAUCGGGGACUGGUGGAAUUUUUGGCUAAGAAUGGUGCUUGCUAAAGCUAUGUCUCAAUAAUCAUUCUAACACUGCUGAGUGUUUUAGUGUUUGAGGUGAGGGUAUGCACUGAAUGGAAGUUGGAAGCAUGUUUGUUAGACGAUCACUCGUGCUGUUUUUUAACAGGAACAUUUUGGUUUAGCGAAGAUGUAUUCUUUUACCUCCCUGGGAACCAGAUUUAUUUCAGGUUAACAUUCUUGAUGCUUGAUAUUAUAUAGAUAUGCAUCUGGGACAUAGCUUGCUGCUCAAGGUGUGGCAUUAUUGGCUUCUAAAAUUAGGAAUUGUCAGUGUCUGCUGAAACUUUGUAACAUAUUUCCAUUGGCAUAUUUGUAAACAAAUUUUAUCUGGUUUUGAGUAUUAAAGCACUGGAUUUUCUAGCAGCUAUCUCUUUUCUUUCUAUUUUAAUAUUCACAUUGUGUUUGCAAGAGACGGUUGGUGUGAAGUGCAAGAGGACCUUCUGUGCAUCUUUCCAAAGAAAUUGGGUGACAUUAUGCAUUUAAAGUAUCAAGUAUCAAAGCAAGCAGGUUGAGGAGGUUACCAGUAUAUCUUAAAGUAUAGAACUUCAAUUAGUUGUUCCUUCAGUCUCUCUAGAGCUGGGAGAUUGGGUUGCUAAGAGAUGUAAAGCAUCCACUUCCCUUUCAACAUCAUUUACUGGAUUUCAUCACUGGAUGGCUAAUGCUGUAAGCAUAGCUGUAUUUUGUUUUAUUUUAAUUGGUUGAAGGCAGGUUUUGAAAUGAAAUAUUAGGUUUGCCUUAGUGUGGAUGGGUUUGUAUUUAAUAUGUUGCCAUGUCCACAAAUCAUUAUAUAUUGUGUAGAUCUUUUGUUAAAUAAGAUUUGGAUUAUGUCGAAGGAUUGGAAAAUGGAUUUGUGAAUUAACAGUUUUGGUGGAUCCUCGGUUGGAAUGGGUGUAAAGGUGGGUGAAAGGCUCAAGAUUCACAUAAACUUAGGUACUUCUCUACAAUAGUACACAUAUCGAUGACAUUGAACUAAAUCUUAGCGCAUGGCCUUGAAUUUGACAGGUAGAGAACAA